UAUUGCAAUAAUAAAACUUUCUAUAAUAAUUCUACCGGCACUUUUGAAAUUACUGUACUCGUUCUGCUUUCUAAAAAUUUUGCAUUAAUUAAGCAUUUACCAGCUUAACGCGGUUUAUAUCGAAGUUCCAGUUAAAGGGCCUCGGCGUAACCGCGCAUUUUCUCCAUGAAAAUAAGGUUCAGUUCACUCCUCCCUGCCGUACUAACUGCCCUACUGAAUGCUGUCGCCGUGAUGGCAGUAUCCGAUGAAAGCGGUAACGUCCAGAUAACAGCAGAUCUUUUUCUGCAGCCGGGCAACUUUUCAGAUGUAAAUUAUCAAGCGGGAACCGGCCCCCGGCUGUGGUCAAAUCGCACAGCCAUUCCUUAUUAUAUUAGCAGCGAUUUUGAUCUGUCAGAAAAGCAAAUGAUCCUUAAGACUCUUCGCAUCAUGGAGAAAAAGACAGAAGGAUGCAUUUUAUUCAACGAAAGAAGCGCCGAACCUGACUAUAUCUAUUUUGCCGCAAACCAUCAGGGCCCAUAUGCGACUCAAGCAUCGGUAGAAGAGGCGGGAUGCAAUACAUCCAUCUGGGCCACCCCGGACCUUUUACCUCAUCAUCAUGUAUGGACACGGGAAGUAUCCAGCAUGAAGUCAUCCAUACUUUGGGCUUUUAUCACGAGCAACAGCGUCCUGAUCGUGACCAUUAUGUCAACGUCCGCAGCGCCCACAUUAAACCGGACGAGUUGGAUGUAAAUUUCGCUAUAACGUCGUCAUCGUACACUUUUGGAACUAAGUACGACUACCAUUCCGUUAUGCAAUACGAUGCCUUCGGUUUUGCCUUAUCCAAUACGAUUCCCGGGUUGGUUCCUAAAAGAGGCCUUAUUGUUCGCAUGGGUCAACAGCUGGGUAUGAGUCCAAGCGAUAUUGCGAGGAUAUCAUUGGCGUACAAAUGUCCCUUAACUGUUAUUCUUAACACCAUAACAACUUCCCAAAUCGAAAAUUUUCCAAAUUUCUCUCUGGAGCCGAUGACGAGCGAUCAGUGCCAGUUGCAGUUUAACGAUUAUUGUGAAUCGGACAUAACCACGCAAUGGAAUUGCACGAAUCGAAGGGAUUUACGUGUUCAUUGCCAGGCGGAUGCGGAUGUGUUGGUGCUGGAACAAAUGGCGGUUGGCAUGGCAAAGCCACCGUUGCGGCCGGCAUCCCUGGAUGUAGGAGAGCAACUUAUUGCCAGUUAUUCGUUCGGGCCAAUCCGAACCCAAAUCCUUAAGCUGCAGCUGCGCAAGUGCAUCUCCAGUCGAGUGACAAAAAGACUAAACGAGCUGAAUUUCGUUAAUUUACUACACUUUGAACUCCACCACUGCCACAACCUGAUUAUCGAGAGGACGGACUUUACGGUAUCCCCGCGGUUGCGGAUAAUAACCUUUUACAACACCACGGUGGACAUUCUGCAGCCCGUCACCUUUACGGAUUUAUCAGAACUGAGCAUUCUUUCUUUGGAAGCAUUAUCGGAUAGUCAGAAAAACUAUAAUUUCGAGCCAUCCUAUCGUGAUUACUUGCGCCGUCUGCACUGCAGCUGUGAAUUCGCUUGGUAUCGCGCAUGGUGGAAAUCCAAUGCAGCGUUACGCCUCAGAGUUCAGACAGGAGAAUUGUAUUCCUUCGAGGGACCUUUUAUUGGCACUUUCUUGAAUAGCGAUGGGUUUAACAAAGAAGAUGUGUUCCAUCCCAUCGACUGCAAUGCAGAUCCGUUUCCUCUUAGCACAGAAUGGAUUGACUACUACUCGCAACUUGAUUACUCUAUCAACGAACCCCACUGCAGCCAAGCACCCACUGCCACAACUUCUGCAGCGAGGUUAUCAACUUUGAUAGUGAACCCCAUUACAACAACCGCUCCGACUUUCACUCCAGCCGCGGUUAUCACGACGACUUUACCGUGGACGGUUGGACCCCUCGAACUGUCCAAAAAUAACUUAAGCCCCGGAUCUAUCGGGGGCAUCAUGGUAGCCGUGCUUUUUGGCGUGGGCAUUGUCCUUUAUGCGGCUUCGGUGUUAAUUAAGGAAAAUCGAUUU